AUGCUCAGUCAGCACCAGGCAGCUCUCACUUUGGACAAGAUUCUGGACCCAUCUGGCUGGAUGAUGUUUCCUGCACUGGCUCUGAGGCUGCCCUGUGGAACUGCACAUCAAGAGGAUGGGUUCCUUCCCUCUUUUCAAGAUGAUAACGCAUUAAGACUGGUGGGUGGAGGCAAUCGCUGUGAAGGGAGAGUGGAGGUUUAUCAUGCUGGAGAGUGGGGGACAGUGUGUGAUUAUAGCUGGGAUAUAACAGAUGCUGAAGUUGUGUGUGCACAACUGGGCUGUGGAUCUGCUCACUCAGCACCACACAAUGCCCACUUUGGACAAGGUUCUGGACGCACUUGGCUGGGUGCUGCUUUCUGUAACGGCUUUGAGUCAACGUUGUGGAACUGUUUAUCAUGGGGAUGGAAUAUGCAGUACUAUUGCAGUCACAGUGAAGAUGCUGGAGUGAUCUGUUCAGGCGAUGACGCACUGAGGCUGGCGGGUGGAGGCCAUCCCUGUGAAGGGAGAGUGGAGGUUUUUCAUCAGGGACGGUGGGGGACAGUUUGUGAUGAUAACUGGGAUAUACAAGAUGCUGAUGUUGUGUGUAAACAGAUGGAUUGUCAAUAUGCUCAGUCAGCAACACCUGGUUCUCACUUUGGACAAGGUUCUGGACCCAUCUGGCUGGAUGAUGUUUUCUGUGAUGGUUCCGAGUCCGCCCUGUGGAACUGCUCCACAAGGGGAUGGGAAGUGCACAACUGCAACCACCGUGAGGAUGCUGGCGUGAUCUGUUCAGACGAUGACGCACUGAGGCUGGCUGGUGGAGGCCAUCGCUGUGAAGGGAGAGUGGAGGUUUAUCAUCAGGGACGGUGGGGGACAGUUUUAGAUUGGAACUGGAAUCUUGUAGACGCUGACGUUGUAUGUGCACAGCUGGGCUGUGGACCUGCUCAGUCAGCACCACUAUAUGCCUACUUUGGAGAAGGUUCUGGACCCACCUGGCUGGUGGAUGUUCACUGCAACGGCUCUGAGUUGGCCCUGUGGGACUGUCCCUCAAUGGGGUGGGUUGUAAACUUCUACGAACACUAUUGGGAUGUUAGCGCGAUCUGUUCAGUUGAUGAUUCACUGAGGCUGGCUGGUGGAGGCCAUCGCUGUGAAGGGAGAGUGGAGGUUUAUCAUCAGGGACGGUGGGGGACAGUGUGUGAUCAUCACUGGGGUCUAGACGAUGCUCAGGUUGUGUGUAGUCAGCUGGACUGUAGGCCUGCUCAGUCUGCACCACACAGCUCUCACUUUGGACAAGCUUCUGGACCCAUCUGGCUGGAUGAGGUUUCCUGCAGUGGCUCUGAGGCUGCCCUGUGGAACUGCACAUCAAGGGGAUGGGGUCAGCACAACUGUGAUCACCGUGAGGAAGCUGGAGUGAUCUGUUCAAAUGGUGACGCACUGAGGCUGGCGGGUGGAGGCCAUCGCUGUGAAGGGAGAGUGGAGAUUUAUCAUCAGGGACAAUGGGGGACAGUCUGUGAUGAUUACUGGGAUAUACAAGAUGCUAGAGUUGUAUGUGCACAGUUGGGCUGUGGACCUGCUCGGUCAGCACCACAGUAUGCCUACUUUGGACAAGGUUCUAGACCCAUCUGGCUGGAUGACGUUUCCUGCAGGGGCUCUGAGGCAGCACUGUGGAACUGCACAUCAAGAGGAUGGGGUCAGCACGACUGCAGUCAUUAUGAGGAUGCAGGAGUGAUCUCUGCUGACUCAGUGAGGCUGCAGGGUGGAGGUAAUCGCUGUGAAGGGAGAGUGGAGAUUUAUCAUGCUGGACAGUGGGGGACAGUGUGUGAUCAUCACUGGGGUCUAGAAGAUGCUCAAGUUGUGUGUAAAGAACUGGAUUGUCGUGAGGCUCAGUCAGCACCAGGCAGUUCUCACUUUGGACAAGGUUCUGGACCCAUCUGGCUGGAUGAUGUUUCCUGCAAUGGCUCUGAGGCUGCCCUGUGGAACUGCACAUCAAGGGGAUGGGGUGUGAGCAACUGCAGUCACAGUGAGGAUGCUGGAGUGAUCUGUUCAGACGGUGACGCACUGAGGCUGGCUGGUGGAGGCCAUCGCUGUGAAGGGAGAGUGGAGGUUUAUCACGCUGGAGAGUGGGGGACAGUGUGUGAUUGGGAAUUGGAUCUAGCAGAUGCUGAAGUUGUGUGUAGACAGCUGGGCUGUGGGUCAGCACAUUCAGUAGUGCGCAGUUCUCACUUUGGACAAGGUUCUGGACCUGUCUGGCUGUUUGAUGUUUCCUGCAGCGGCACUGAGUCAGCCCUGUGGAACUGCACAUCAAUGGGAUGGGGUGUGUACUACUACAGUCACUAUUGGGAUGUUGGCGUGAUCUGUUCAGGCGAUGACGCACUGAGGCUGGCAGGUGGAGCCAAUCCCUGUGAAGGGAGGGUAGAGGUUUUUCAUCAGGGACGUCAGCACCAGGCAGUUCUCACUUUGGUCAAGGUUCUGGACCCAUCUGGCUGGAUGAGGUUUCCUGCACUGGCUCUGAGGCUGCCCUGUGGAAUUGCACAUCAGGGGGAUGGGGUCGGCACAACUGUAGCCACAGUGAGGAUGCUGGAGUGA